AUGGAGCAGAAACUAGCUGGAAUCGCUGACAUCUCAGGGAAAGAAUUCGAUUUCGUUGUCGCCGGCGGCGGCACCGCAGGUUGCGUCGUGGCAGCCAGGCUGAGCGAGAACCCGAACAUAUCUGUCGCUUUGUUGGAAGCAGGCCCCGCGCACUUCGACGACCCGCUAGUUUCUGGCUACGUCGGUUGGACGGGAACCGUCACCAAUCCUGAAUAUGACUGGAAUUACCUCACAACGCCACAACGAGGCUUCAAAGGGGAACCCACGAUAUUCCCCAGAGGUCGUGGUCUCGGCGGCUCAUCCCAGAUUAAUUGGUUGAUAUGGCAGCUGCCACAACGCGAAGAGAUGGAUGCUGUGGGCAAGCUUGGAAAUGAGGGCUGGAACUGGGAGACCUUUCACAAGUAUGCGAAGAAGGUGCAAAGGUUCUGUCCGCCUGACCCGAACGAGCGGAAUGAGUUCAAGAACCUGUAUAAGUCCGACGCCGUGGGGCACGAUGGCCCGAUUUCGAUCUCAUUCGGGCGCGACAGCUGCGGCGCCGACGCUGCCUGGCAACGCGCUCUUGCGGUGAACGGAGUCGAUACAAUAAGCACGGCGCUCGACGGCGACAUCGCUGGGACGUGGAAGGGUGUCGCAAAUGUGGACCCUGUGAGCCGGAGCCGUGCAUAUUCUGCCAAUGGCUACCUCUAUCCUGCGCUCGACCGUCCCAACCUCAAGGUCCUGGUGGAUGCAUAUGUGUACAAGCUCAUUACUUCCGAGCACGCAGACGAAGUCGUCGCAACCGCGGUCGAGUUCGAACAUGGUGGACAGGUGCACAAGGUCUUUGCGCGCAAGGAGGUUAUUGUCUCUGCUGGGCACGUUGCUGUGAAGUCACCGCAUAUCUUGGAACUCAGUGGUGUCGGUGACCGGAAGAUCCUUGAACCUUUGGGUAUCCCUGUUCAACUGGACUUGCCCUCGGUCGGCACAAAUGUGCAGGAGCAUGUUACGAUGAUUGGCAGCCGGAUUAAGAUGGUCGAAGACCGCGGCCUUAUCACUUUCGGCAUGCUCGAUGACAGGGAGUUCGCCGAGAAGCUCCGGGUGACACUCGGCCUGAAGGACUCCUUCAACCUUGCCCAGGACGGCUUCUCAUUCGUACCCAUCCAGAUUGGUUCAGAGCGUGCUGAGCAGCUCGUGCAGAAGCAGCGCGCAAAGUUCGCCAAAGGCGAUUAUUCUCCUGGACUCAAGGCGUCGUACGAGAAGCAGCUCGAGCUGCUUGCGAACCCCAAGGUGCCCGACUUCGAGAUUUUUUUCUUCCCGUCCACAUUUCCUAUACCCCCGCCGGAGCCCAGUAAGCCGCACGUUGGCAUCUACUCGCUUGUUAGUCGGCCAUUCACACGCGGGACAAUCCACGUCCAGUCUGCUGACCCGAAGGCAUGGCCGGCGAUCGACCCACACUACUUCGAGGAGGAUAUUGAUAUGGAUAUUAUGGUCGAUGCAAUGAAGUUUAUUCGCAAGGUGACCCGGACUGAACCAUUUAAGUCGCUUGUUGUCGAGGAACAGCUUCCCGGACCAAAUGUGAACACCGACGAGGAGAUAUCUGCAUAUGUUCGCAAGAACACUUGUUCGAGUUUCCAUACGACUGGAAGCAUGUCAAUGAUGCCUCGCGACAAGGGCGGUGUCGUUGACCCGCGAUUCAGGGUAUACGGUACCAAGAACAUCCGUGUUGUGGACUUGUCUAUUCUUCCAAUUCACACGGCCGUUCAUCCUCAGGCCACUGUGUACGCGAUUGCGGAGAUGGGUAAGUCUUCAAACCUACGUCCUGUGCGGAAUUCUGGUCGUUUGCUGAGUUGUGCCUUGCCAACAGCGUGUGAUGUCAUUAAGCGGGACUAUCAGUAGUCUUCAGUAGUGCACAGAGUAUUUUUUUGUGUACUUCUAGAGCAUCCAUAUGGAAUCUGAGGCCUGAUUGCCCUGCCGUCUUCUGAGCUAUUUGAGAGAUGAAUAUUUGAUGUGUUAUGCCA